UCGAGAUUCGAAUAAGAAAAUAUUAAACAAAUUGUGCGCUUCAGACAAUUUUGAAAGUCAAGUCCUUUUGAUAAGUGUUAUGAGUUCUUUUAUAUUCUACGCACUUGAACACAGCUUAAUUUAACCACAUGAAAACCGGAAAGUCCUUGUGAAAACACUUUAAUUUAAAACAUUAUUUGCGCAUAUAGAUAAAUUAAGCGUUCUUUGAAAGAAACAAAAUGUCAGAAAAUAAAUAUUGAGCUUAAUUAUUAAAGAUGUGUUUCUUGAGGAUAUAUUUAUUACUGGUAAUUAUAACAAUUUGGAGUCAAGGUGUAAAUGGAGAUUUUUCAAUUGACCAAAGUCUGGCCGAGAAUAAUGAUAAUAAAGAGAAGGUUGACGACAGUGAAUUUACCUUGAUGGAGCUUGAUAUGAUUAUAAAUAAAAGUCACAAGACGCCUUCAAGACCGGAACGAUACCGUGCAUUUAUUGACAAAGACGAAACAAAACGUUGGCCGAGAGAAAUUCCAUUUGAAAUUGGCGACGGUAUUGAUGAGCUUCAGGAACUUACCAUCCAUCGAGCGAUUCGUAUAUGGGAACAGUUCUCAUGCCUUCAUUUCUAUAAUGACAAGCAGGCGUACGACCGAUUUGUGUUCCAACGAGGAUACAAUAACUUGUGUGCAUCAAGAGUUGGGAUGCAUCAAGGUCCUCAAAUAAUUACACUUGGGAAAAACUGCUUUAAGCCAAAUAUAGUUAUUCAUGAGAUAGGACACGCCCUGGGAUUCUACCAUGAGCAUACUCGUUGGGAUAGGGAUAAGUACAUUAAAAUACACUAUGGAAAUAUUGAACCCGGACAUAAUAAAGAUUUUGUUGAAGAGGAAGAAGAAAAUGCAGAUUUCGAGUAUGAAUAUGAUUAUUUGAGUAUUAUGCACUACGGACAGUAUUUUUUCUCAAAGAAUGUUUCAGGAAAACUUAUUACAAUAGAAACAACAGAUCCUAAAUUUCAAUCUAGAAUAGGGAAGGUCAAGCAUCCGAGUUUUCAAGAUUAUAAAACUUUGAAUGCUAUGUAUAAAUGUGCAGAUAUUUGUGCCCAAGUUGAAUGUCCUAAAGAUGGGUUUCUAGGAAAGCACUGCCAAUGUUAUUGCAAAGGAAAUGCCGAUGGCACACGUGUUAAACUUUGCUUUCAAAAAAGAGAGUGCCCCAAACCAUUUAUCAAUAAGUAUUUAUUUGAUGUGUGGAACAAAGAAAAUACAAGCUUAAUUAAUAUGAAUCGUCAAUCGUUUCCUGACAAAACAGUUUUAAAACUUGUUUCAACCAACUGGAAUUGCACAGUUGCCUCUCAGUUAAAAUGUGAUGGUAAUAAAUGGAAAAAAACAAUGUCUAAAUGUCCAAUUGCACUUGACAUAAAAAUGACUGAUGGAAAUGAAAACGUUGUUGAAGUUAUCUUAAAUGAUGUGCAUCGUGGUUAUAUCUGUGAUGACGACUAGGAUGAUAAUGAUGCAACUGUUGCUUGUAAAAUGCUUGGAUAUACGAAAGGUUUGGCUUUCUUUCCAAAAGCUAAAGAAGUUAACGAAUCUUUACCUAUUCUUCUUGACAACGUGCAAUGUAGUGGCGAAGAAUUUUCUCUUGCUGAUUGCAAACAUAAUGGAUGGGGUAAUCAUAACUGCUUAUAUUCAGAAGUCGCAUCAGUGAAAU